GAUUGCGGCGAAAAGCUCGCUCGGAGAGCGGAAGUGGCCCCCCAAUCGAUGAGCGUGCUGGGGAGAGCGAUCAGAGCCAUAAGUUUCAUGCGAUUAACCAUUUGUUUGGCAUUGCGGCAACGGCAGCGGUGGUAGGCAGUGGUAGGCAGCGACGUCAGCAGCGGCAGAGGCAGCGGCAGCCGUGGUGCGAAUUUUUCGUUCGUCUAUAAACUCAGGUCCGCCCUUAUGUUGGCCAACACUCGCGUUUUUGAUACGAAGCAUAAGACCGCUAUGUGAGCAGAGCGCUUCGAUAUCUCUGACCUUCACACACAGUCGAAAUUUUGCAAAAUUCUUGCCACUGCUUAAUGCACAAAAGUAACUUGGCAGCAGCAACAAGCAGCCAAUAUUAACAAACAAGUAAACAGCCAGCUAGCAAGCAAACAAACAAACAAACAACCAAACAAACAACAAUCAACUUGGAGCGCUCGGCGCGAAGCAAUCGACACAAAAGUUCCUAAAUCAAAGUCGCAUUUGGUGCGCACACAAGUUCCUAAGUAGCUCAGAUCCGACCAAGCAAUCGCAGUUGAAAAAUCAUCAGAAAUUGCAACAAUUGCAGCACCAGCACCAGCAGCAGCAGCAACAUCAACAGAAAGAGCAACAGCAACAUCAACAAAUAUCAAGACAUCAUGACUGCCCUGGGAUUAGUUUUGCUAUCAAUGAUGGGCUAUAGCCAGCACAUGCCGGCGAAUAUGGACAAUGGAGCGGGCACUGCUCGACUACUAUCCCGCUCCGACUGGGGCGCCCGGCUGCCAAAAUCCGUGGAGCACUUCGAGGGCCCAGCCCCCUACGUGAUCAUCCACCACUCGUACAUGCCGGGAGUCUGCUUCAGCACGCUGGAGUGCAUGAAGAGCAUGCGCGACAUGCAGGACUUCCACCAACUGGAGCGCGGGUGGAAUGAUAUCGGAUACAGCUUCGGCAUAGGCGGAGAUGGCAUGAUCUACACCGGCAGGGGCUUCAACGUCAUCGGAGCGCACGCCCCCAAGUACAAUGACAAGAGCGUGGGCAUUGUCCUCAUCGGAGACUGGAGAACUGAACUCCCGCCCAAACAGAUGCUGGAUGCGGCCAAGAACCUGAUCGCCUUCGGCGUGUACAAGGGCUAUAUUGAUCCCACCUACAAGCUCCUGGGUCACCGGCAGGUUCGGGACACCGAGUGCCCCGGCGGCAGGCUCUUUGAGGAGAUCUCCAGCUGGCCGCACUUCACCAAGCUGAACACCACCGAGGCCACUACGACCCAGGCGCCGGUGGAGCCCCACGUGCAUCCCCAGCCACCAAUUGCCAAAUCGCAGCCAGCAGCACCCAAGGCCUAGGCCCGCUGGAUCCAAUCCAAGCCAAUACAAGCCUCAACCCGCCAGAGGUUGAGCGAAGCCACAACGAGCUCGGCUCCCCGCACAAUGCCAAGGAGUUCAUUCAGUAUUCAUUAGAUGUCUCUUCGAACAUUUCACAAAUAAAGCAAUUUCUAGAUGAUAACACUUACAUAAGCAUAA